AUGGAGGCCAUCAAGCAGACGUUUGCCGCCUGCAAGGCGCAAAACCGAUCUGCCCUUGUCACAUAUGUUACCGCCGGUUAUCCUCGCCCAGAAGACACGCCAGAGAUUCUCCUAGCUUUGGAGAGGGGAGGUGCUGAUGUGCUUGAGCUCGGUGUGCCUUUCACCGACCCAAUUGCCGAUGGCCCAACAAUUCAGACCGCCAACACUGUAGCGCUACAGCAUGGUGUCACAAUCGAGUCCUCGCUCGAGAUAGUCAAGACAGCCAGGAGCCGAGGUCUCAAGGCCCCCGUGAUUUUCAUGGGCUACUACAACCCGCUCCUGAACUACGGCGAGGAGCGUCUGCUGAAGGACUGCCAAGAUGCUGGUGUUAAUGGCUUCAUUGUUGUCGACCUGCCGCCCGAGGAGGCUGUGUCCUUCCGCAAGCUCUGCUCCAAGGGAAGCCUAUCAUAUGUACCGCUCAUCGCCCCCGCGACCUCAGACGCUCGAAUGAAGAUUCUUUGCCAGCUGGCCGAUUCUUUCAUCUACGUCGUCUCCAGACAGGGCGUCACUGGCGCCACGGGAACUCUCAACGCCAAUCUGCCUGACCUCCUUGAGCGCGUCAAGAAAUACAGCGGAAACAAGCCCGCUGCCGUCGGAUUCGGCGUCAGCACUCGCGAGCACUUCCUCAGCGUAGCCUCCCUGGCCGACGGAGUGGUUGUCGGUAGCCAGAUCGUCACCACCCUGCAAAAGGCAAAGGAUGGAGAAGGAUUCAGCGAUGUCGAGAAGUACUGCGCCUACCUUUGCGGCCGCGACUCUCCCGAUGGCAAGACCCGUGAGGUCGGCAUUGUAGAAGCCAUCGCCGCUGCUAAAGAGCCCCAAGGAGACAACGUCACCGUCAACGAAACCGUAACCGACGAGGACCUAGCGGCCGCCGAUAAAGAUCUCGUUGCUCAGCUCGCAGCCCUGCAUGGCAAGAUCCCCGACCGCUUCGGUGAGUUUGGUGGUCAAUUCGUGCCUGAGAGUUUGAUGGACUGUCUCUCCGAGCUGGAGGAUGGCUUCAACAAGAUCAAGGACGACCCCAAGUUCUGGGAGGAAUACCGCUCGUACUACGACUACAUGGGCCGGCCCGGCAGACUCCAUCUUGCUGAGCGCUUGACCGAGUAUGCUGGCGGUGCCAACAUCUGGCUCAAGCGUGAGGAUCUGAACCACACCGGAAGCCACAAGAUCAACAACGCUCUUGGACAGCUGCUGCUGGCCAGAAGACUGGGCAAGACCAAGAUCAUUGCUGAGACCGGUGCUGGACAGCAUGGUGUCGCCACUGCCACUGUCUGUGCCAAAUUCGGCAUGGAGUGCACUAUCUACAUGGGAGCUGAGGACGUUCGCCGACAGGCUCUCAACGUCUUCCGCAUCCGGCUCUUGGGAGCCAAGGUCAUCGCCGUCGAGGCCGGUACUAAGACCCUUCGUGACGCCGUCAACGAGGCUCUCCGUGCCUGGGUUACUGAACUCGAUACCACCCACUACAUCAUCGGAUCAGCCAUCGGCCCCCACCCAUUCCCCACCAUUGUCCGUACUUUCCAGUCCAUCAUCGGCGAGGAGACCAAGAAGCAGAUGCAGGAGAAGCGAGGCAAGCUCCCCGAUGCUGUCGUCGCCUGCGUCGGAGGUGGCAGCAACGCCGUGGGCAUGUUCUACCCCUUCUCCAACGACCCCAGCGUCAAGCUUCUAGGUGUUGAAGCCGGCGGCGACGGUGUCGACACCAACCGCCACAGCGCAACCCUCUCCGGCGGCUCCAAGGGUGUCUUGCACGGUGUACGGACAUAUGUCCUCCAGGACAAGCACGGCCAGAUCCAGGACACCCACUCCGUCUCGGCUGGACUGGACUACCCCGGUGUUGGUCCCGAGCUCAGUCAGUGGAAGGAUAACGAGCGAGCCAAGUUCAUCGCCGCAACAGAUGCCGAGGCCUUCCAGGGAUUCCGUCUCAUCAGCCAGCUCGAGGGUAUCAUCCCCGCGCUGGAAACUGCUCACGGUAUUUACGGUGCCAUCGAGCUAGCCAAGACGAUGAAGAAGGACGAAGACGUUGUCAUCUGCCUCAGCGGCCGUGGAGACAAGGACGUCCAGAGCGUGGCUGAGGAGCUGCCCAAGCUCGGCCCUCAAAUUGGAUGGGAUCUGAGAUUCUAA